CCGUUGUAACCCGGGGACUACCUGUAGUCAUAUCUGUAGUUUAAUGAGUCUACCUGGCACUAUCUGCAACUGUCAUGCUUAUCUAAUUUCGGGUCAUAGUACUCUCUCAAAUACCUCAUUAUGGCGAAUGCCAUGAUGGGUUAUCUCUAGCUUAGAGCCAAACUGACAUUUAUCUAUUUUUACAAAUUUUCUCGGCCUUUCUUUCAGCUUUCUCCAAUAUUGUCACUGAUUUGAAUGUAAACCACUUGUUUUGAUUUUGUUUCUACUCAUUAAGUCCAGUGGUUACAAAAGAUAACAGCAUGAAACCUGGGGAAACAUUGUAAACAAGUUAUGUUAGUUAGAGGCACAGAAAUGCUUCAGAAAUUUAGAGCUCUUUUGGUUUAAAAGGUACAUAUAAAUAUUUCCUGGAGAGUUCUAUUAAAAGUACCUAUUUAAAUAUAGCUCUUUCCAGUUUGAGUAUGUUGUUAUGUUGUCAUUAAUUUUUUGUAUCAAUUUUUUUUCAUCAACAGGAAAUGCUGUCUCCUGAUGUACCAGAGUUUGUGCCGCGGGAAUUUCAAAAUCUUGAUGCUUCUGCAGGAGCUCAGCAUGCAGGACAUACCACCUCUAGUUAUACACCACAGUCGUAUUCACAGUCUCAUAAUUACAGCUCGAACCAUGUUGUAUUUAACCCUGGGAGUUGGAGAAGUGAGUCAGUGCAUUCAUUAUCUCUGAAUGAAAAAACAGCAGGUUUAAACAGAUAUAGAGGUGGCCAAACUGAAAACAAGCCAUUCUAUCCAAUUUCAAACAGCAACUGGAGAAAUACAGGGAAAGAUGGUUUUAACCCAAAAUAUUCUGGAAAGUUAAGAAAUGCAUCAUUAAAGGAGAAGAAAAAUUGGAGAGAAAAUGCUAGCCAAGUAGAAACUGUUGGCAAUUCUCGGUCACUGCAUCAGAGUCUUAUUAGGUCUGAAGGUGAUGAAUCUCCUCGUAAAAAGAACUGGAGAAAAAAUUCUAGUCAAGAGCAGAGUGCUUGGAGUAAAAAUGGGUUGGAUCAAAAGAUUGCGGUGUCUGGUAGCAUUACUCAGAGUGCACGUGCUGAAUUUAAUGCUCCACAAAAUUAUAAGCACAGACUUUCUCCUAACAAGACUGAUUCUGUUUCACAGCCACCAAAUGCUAUUUCCAACUCGACUAGAGGAAAUCGAGUUACAAAGGUUGAGGGCUUAGUAUUUUCCACCCAAUUUAAGCAUGAAGAUGAUGCAAGCUACACUAAAGUUCUAAGUAGGAAGAAUAUUGAUGAGGCUUUAAGGGAGAGAGCUGACACAAUUAAAAAUGACUCUUUGUUACACUCUGAAGAACAGUGGCCAUCACUUUCAUUCACACAAUCCCAAAACUCUUCAGAUAAUUGUGAUAAUGUCUGGAUAAAAAAUAAUGAUGAAAAACAAUCUUCAUGUUCCAAGCCUGGUCUCACAGAUGUAACUUCAAGUUCAGUUUCAUUACAAAAUAUGAUAUCAGAGGCAAAGGAUACAGCAUAUCCUAACAUGAACAUUGUUGUAAACAAACCAGAGCGUCAUAGUCAUGCUACUGAUAGGAAGGAUGGACAUAAGAAUACACAAAGUUAUCAAAGAUAUGAUGAAAACACACAAGAGAGAAAUCUGAACACCAAGUCAAAGGAAUUUGAGGGAAAUGAACUGAAGAGUUGCAAAAAACUGACAGAAAGUCAAGCAUAUUCUAAACAAAGGGAUAUUUCCAUUAGAAUGAACUCAUCUCAUUUGAAUACUGUAACCUUGAAGCAAAAUACAACUAACAUGUCAGAAUUAAAAACAAAGAUACCGAGUGGUUCUUCAAUGGAGGAGUGUACAACUGAGUGGCAAGUACAAAAGAAGAAGAAGAAGAAGUUGAAAGAACAAUUGGAAAUUGCAGUGACAAACACUGACAGGAACAACAGAUCAAAUAAGGAAGUAAAAAUUAACAAAAGGGACGAUUCACAGAAUAAAUAUCCUAACAUUCCCAAAUAUGACAAUACAAAGAAAACUGACCUAAGGAUGAGUGACAAAACUCUGAAGAACCAGUCCAAAAAUAAUAGACUUGACAAAUAUAGUCAUGGCCAAGAAAGGGUUAGAGAAUCUAUUCAAGAAAAUGCAGAAAAAGGGAAAGAUAAUUGUUCCAAGUCAAAAAGUUUUGAAGAGUCAUCACUUCCAAGUCAUAAAUCCACAAGGAGCAACGAUAGGAAUGUUGUUGCAGAAGUGGAGUCGUUUAACAGCAAAUCUAAUGACUCUGCUAGUGUUUCAAGCAUUGCUUUGCUAGAUGCACCAGAGAGCAAUGAUUGCAUUUCCCAAAGGUCUUCAGCCUCAUUGGCUACCAAAGAACACCCCAUUAAAGAUGAAAAAGCGAAGAAAGCCAGUGCAGAGAAAAAGGCAAGGAUUAAGGAAGAAAAAAUGAGGAAGAGAGAGUUAAAGAUUAAGGCAGCCCAGGCCCAACUGAUGGCUGACUCUAAGGUGACCAUGGUUAGCAAAGAAGUUUUGGAACUGAUGUACCGUGGUCAAAAUCAGCGCUCAGGGAAGGCUUCAGGGGCUGUGUCCAAAGGUAAAGUUCGCAACGCAGAACCAUCUCAGGGAGGCCGUGAGAAUUUUCAGUUCUCUUUUGAGAACUACCCAAGUUUACAAGGAGACAGUAAGAACAAGGAAACUAAACACAAGGAGUCUCCAAUAAAGGAUAAAGGCAGUGUUCUUCAGGAACCCAUCAUGUUGGGUGAGGGGCACUAUGAAUUGAAAGCUAAAGAAGACAAAGAUGUUAAAUUUCAAAACAACCUCACACGAAGAAAAGUCAAUGUUGCAUUAUCCAGUUUUCUUUCAGAAGAAAGUAAAGGUAAAAAAGCAAACACACUUGGUAAUUAUGGUUCAGAAGACACAUCAGGUACAUCUGUUUCAGACAGUACUCCUAGUUAUAGUAAGGCUUUAUUAACUACUGCCAGCAAGUUAACGGGAAUGAAACCAACUCGUGAGAUAAAGAACCCAGAUGCGACUCGAAAAACUCCCAAAGUGAAUAUAUCAAAUUUGACUCAGCAGACUCCCGACAAAAAGAAAGUGAAAACCAAAGAUGAAAUAAAAUUUAAUCUCAUGGAUGCUGUAACAAUGAAAGUCAAAAAGAAGGAUCUCCUGAAUGUUAAAAGACAAACCAAGACAAUUAAUCAGGUUGACUUUGAUCCAGUAACCAUGGCUAUUAAAGAGCGAAUCCGGAACAGGAGUAGAAUCCUCUUAUCUGCUUUGGAUCAUCAAACCAGUAAAACUGAUGCUAGGGAAAGAAACCAGAAGAGAAGAAGCCUCCUUUCUGCUUUAGAUGUGAGUAAUGUUUCCUUGCUGCUUUAGAUGUAAGUAAUGUUUCCUUGC